AUGAACGUACCCGAUGAAGACACAAAGAAUCCAAAUGUAAAACCAAUGCAAUUUGAUCGUUUGCUGGAAGAAGCUCAAUUUCAUGGAUCAAACAGAAUAGCAAAAAAAAGAUAUCGAUUAGUUUGGUGCUUAAUUCUUGGAGCAAUGUUAUGGGCUUCGUUGAGCAUUCUCACACAUACCAUCCUCAGGUUUCUAGAACAACCAACGUUCAUGGCACUAAAGGCAUCUAAUAAACAGAACGUCCCCUUUCCAUCACUCGCGAUUUGUCCUGAACUUUCUUAUCCUGACUACAAGAUGGACGCGUUUGUUAAAGAAAUAGAUUACCCUUCAGGAGUAAAUAUGACAAAUUUUCGUAAGAACCUCAAGCAAUUAGCAGCAUUCUACUCGCCAGACGUCCAAUAUAAUAUUGAGGACCUGGAAACGGUGCAAACUGUGCUGGCCUUCAACAAUCUCGACGUAAUAAAUACUGGACAGCGAUUAAGUCCAACUUGUGAAGAGGUUGUUCUCAGGUGCCGAUGGAUGGGCAAAAUGAAAAAUUGUACUGAUAUAUUUAGAAUGAUGUUAACACGGUCAGGAUUCUGCUGCGUAUUUAACGGCAGGUCGUUGAGACGGUGA